AGCCAUUUGACUCUUUUUCUUUAGCUUAUUUUUUGUGAAAAGCCGUAGCGAUCAUUUGUGUUUUAGAUAGAUUAUCUUUAGCUGCUCUAAAGCGCUGUAGCUCGCCCGAAGGUGGCAGUGCAAGAUCCACAUUAAGAGAAAAAAAAGACGGGAUGUUUUAGAUAUAGACAAAAGAGCAGCCAACAUGUGUCCAGCAUACAUAUAACUUCAGUACUUUAGUGUAUCAGUGUAUCUCGGCGGAAUCCCUUCAGAGACAAAGUGAAAAUCUAAGGGUGACACAACAGAGUAGCAUAACAAAUGAAUGUUUUGAAGUUGUAGAGGUACAUUAGGACAUUAGAGACUCAACUUCAAAAUCUUCAAAGUUUAAAGAGACGUUUUACUGCUGUUCCAGGGCUUUUCCUUUGCUCAUGUUCGGUGGAAGUAGGAAUCUUUCUGGAAGACUCGUUAAAUUCAGCUGCCUCAACCUUAGCUGUAGCAUCUUUAAAACCAACAGGUUUUAUCGCAGUGUAAAGCUUCCUUUUUCGCAUCACUGCUCCUUCCCCCUUUCUUCUCAUUCCUUUCUCGCAUCUCCUUUGGAACAGUGUUCUUUCCCGUUUUCCGAACACUCUGUUCGAUCCCAUUUGUCUUUGCUCAGGUCUGAUAAAGUUAUUCGAUACUUUUCUUAUUUUACCCAUCCGGCUGUAGAAAUGGAUUUAAAGGCCGUGCUUGAUGUUCUAGAGCAGCUUGCUCCACUGUCAUUGGCUGAGUCGUGGGAUAAUGUUGGCCUGUUGGUGGAGCCCAGCAAACCACGUCCAGUCAAAACAAUCAUGUUGACUAAUGACCUAACAAUGGCUGUCAUGGAUGAAGCUGUGAUGAUGAAUUGCGAUCUGAUUAUCUCAUACCACCCACCACUUUUUCGACCGUUCAAGCGCUUGAUUCAAAAGGACUGGAAGCAGCAGUUGGCUGUCAGAGCACUAGAGGGCGGCAUUGCCAUUUUCUCUCCACACACCUCAUGGGAUAGCGUAAUAGGUGGAGUUAAUGAUUGGCUAGUUGGAGGAAUGGGAAGUGGGCAAACAUCAGUAUUAAGUCAAGCUUACACUAGCACCCAACAAAAACACAGACUUGAAUUCUCAAUCUUGAAUGAGGGAGAACUCGAUGGCCUUUUGGAGCAGAUCAAACGUAUAGAGGGCAAUGAAUCCUUUCAGUUAUCUACAGUAAAAAAUCAGGUUGGAGGGCAGCAGGUGGUCCUAACCUGUGCAAGCUCAGCGCUAACUGCUGUUGUGGAGACUUUGCUUUCAAAUCUACAUGCCAGCAAAUCUCUAAACAUUACACAAGUCCAACAGCCUCCAUUGAUAGACUGUGGUCAAGGACGACUUAAUGUUCUGGAUGAGCCAGUGUCUGUUGCUGCAGCAGUUCAGAAAAUGAAGACUCACCUUGGCUUACCCCACUUGAGACUGGCUCUGGGGAACCAGAAAACAUUAGACUCUCUGGUGAAGACAGUCGCGGUAUGUGCAGGGUCUGGAGCUUCCGUCUUAGAGUGUGUGAAGGCAGACCUUUUUAUUACAGGUGAGAUGUCCCAUCAUGAGGUUCUAGAUGCUGUUGCCAAAGGCACAAGUGUGAUUCUCAGUGACCAUAGCAACAGUGAAAGAGGCUACCUGGUUGUGUUUAAAGAGAAACUGGCUGCAAAACUUGGUCAUGCAAUUAAUAUAGUGGUCUCUGAAAGAGACAGAGAUCCGCUACAGGUAGUGUAA